AUGCCCAAUUCAGACCAAAUUUUUGAUCUCUUGCGUUUUGAAAAUAAUGUCUAUGUGGACUUAUCCUCUAAUCCGUCCGAUGGAAGUGAUGAUGAGAAAGAUGAACAAAGGGAACAAGGUUCAAACUUGACAGUACCGGAGGGAGGACAAUCAGGUGGCGGCGUUUCACGAGGCAGCGGGUCGAACGCGCGCGCUGAGACGCCUGAGCUUACCCGACGUCCCGACAAGUCAUCGUCGAAAAAAGGUCUCCUAAAGGUCCUCGCGCCGCGAACAGUUGGAAAACGACAGAGCGAGUUUUUGAAAUUUUUCAAAGAAGAGAUCCCCGAAAACGAGCCUCUUAUUGCCGACUUCAGCUGCGCUCUUGUCCGAGACAUCCUGGUCCAAGGCCGUCUUUUCCUCACCCCGAAUUACUGCUGUUUCCAUUCCAAUAUCCUCCGCUGGGAAACAAGCGCCGUGAUACCUUUCACUGAUAUCACCAGCAUUUCAAAAGAGAAGACCAUCAAAAUCAUCCCAAACGCCAUCUCAGUUGUUUGUCAUCAGAACAAAUACAUCUUUACGUCAUUUACUGCCAGAGAUCGUGCGCUUCACAUUUUCACGAAAUUCUGGAGGUUCAAGCAAAACCGAGAGAACAAGAACAUCGAAAUGGCGAGCCAAGAGAACGAAGAACUGCCACCACAGCACGAUGACGAUGAUGGAGAUCGCAUCUCGCAGGCGAGCAACAAUUCAGAAGAAAAUCUGGAGCCUCCAUCGCUGCAUCAUGAGGACAAGCUCUCGAAAUGUUUCCUCGACGUCGUCUUCCCGAUCCCCAUCGAUACACUAUUCUCGCUCGUUUGGUUGACGGACUCGCCAUUUUGGAAGAAAUUCAUGACAGUAAGAAAGACGAAAAAUUGGUACGCAGAAGAAUGGAGUGAAAAGGAUGGCGAAUAUCAGCGAGAAUGCAGAUGUCUACAGCAUGUUCAAUUGCCAAUGGGCGCAAAAGAUGUUCCACAAGUCGAUAAUCAUACGAUGAUUGUGAAUGAAAGCGGGAGAAAGAUAGUUAUUGAUGCUAGAACUUAUAUACGAGAGGUACCGUAUGGACCGAAUUUCCACGUCCUGAAUCGCUGGCAAUUCCUAAAAGCGGAAAAUAAUCGAUGCCGAGUUCGUGUUGCCACGCAAAUUGUAUAUGAUAAAGCCUGCUGGCAGGUGGUGAAAACAUUCAUCGACAAAAAUGCGUACGAAGGGAAUCAAGAGUUCAUGGAGGGCUUCAGAGACGAGCUUAAUCGUUUCAUCGAAUCUGGGUCGGUUCAUCCCAGUCCGACGCUGGAUGAUUUGACUGAUGAAACGCAACGAGAACGAAAUGGAACAAAGAUCUCAGUUAAAAAAGCAACCCCAAAUCCAGACGAGCCAGAGCCGCUGCCCGAAGCCGUGACUACGCCUCCCCAUGUGCCGAACCUCUCCUACCCGCGUGGAAUCGACCAUUCUGGGGCGAUCCAACACUGGGCCAUCUUUCUCUUCUUCUUUGUCAUCGGAAUCCUCUUGUACACAUCCUGGAGCUUCAACGCGCGGCUCAAUCAGUUGGAAACGAGGACGAUUGUUCCUCCACCAGUUUCUGCUCAGCAAAACGAAAACAGAGUUGAAGAGCUUCUACUGAAGCUUAUCGAAGAAGUGCGUCAUCUUCGGAGCGAUCUUUCUUCUUCAAACAUUCCCAGCAGUUCAAAUUUCAAAAACGAAGAACUGGUGAGGAUGCAAGGUUCCACAGGAGAAACUGCUCAAACUCCUGUCGAACCUUUCCGCCCCCGCGAAUGCACCAUCGAAGCCAGAAAAAGAAAACGGCUGUAG